AUGGCUCUCAUCUCGUCCACUCAUUCGUCUUCCCACUCGUAUCCAGCACGGAACGGCCGUGUUCCCUUCCGCUCAGAUCUCCUUCCUCCUUCCCUUUCGAGAUUCCACCAUCGUCGCGUGGCUGGCGGCGGCAGGUGCUCAACACAUCGUGAUUAUGCAUGGAGGCACGAAGCUGGGAAACGGUGGCGGCGGUGGUUGUGGGGCGUCGCGCCGCACAUCUCGGCGUCCCACGCGCGGCCCCGGCACAGAUCAAGCUUCCUGCGUCGGGAUCAGGCCUCAGGCGAACGACCGCCGGGGCUGGGGACGGAGGCUGUACUGCCGGCGAUGGGGGCGGACGCAGCAAGCGAGCCAUCGCGGGCGAACGGUCUGGGCGAUGCAGCGCCGCCGAGCGGAGCAAAGCCUAGCGGAGAUGAUGUUGAGCCUCGAAGGUCCAUCUUCUCCUUCUGUAGCCAGGUGAUCCUGGGUAUGAGCUUCGCGAUGGCCGAGGGGGAGCCCGGUAUCUCGCCGGGGACGUCGCGACAGCUGAUCUGA